GUCUGCGAUCGUUUCAAGGCAUCUACAUGCAUUUAUGGUACACUCCCUCGUGGCAGUCUUUGCAGAGAUCCGCGGUAGCACAUGCUUCUCGGGCCUACCGUCCUGCGAUAAGUCUGCCACACAGUGGAAGAACCCGAGCCCGGAUACUCCUUAGGAGCACCUGCAGUGUCGGCGAUCGCUAGAGAUGGGCCUCUUCAAAAAGAACAAGAAUUCAGAGUCAGGGGCGGGUCCGGCGCAAGGUAGCGGGACCGGCUACCAGGCGCGCUACAACCCGCCUCCGAAUCCGGGUAGCCGCAACCUCCCGCCGCCUGGGGCGCAGCAGCCAGGGGCUGCAGGCGGAUGGCACCAGUACAACCAGCCAUACGGAGCUCAGAACAAUCAAUACGGCGGAGGAUAUGGGGGAGCAAACCAGCGCGAUUCCGGUGCUCCCAAUGGUUAUGGCACGCCUGCAGGCGGUGACGGUGGCAGUGGAUAUGGAACAGGGUACGGGGCACAGGGCAGGGGUGGAUACAGCCAGGGAAGCCACGGCGGGCACACUACACAAGCGCAGAUCGAAAACGAGUAUGGCGCUGGAUCUCGCCAAGGAGGGUACGGCGGCGGCGGAUCCGCCUACGACGAAUACGGCCCAUCUGGCGAGCAGCAGGACCAGCAGCAGCAAGAGGAGCGCACCGAGUCGGAUGAGGAGGUGGAGGCCGUCAAGCAGCAGAUGCGCUUCACGAAGCAGGAGUCGCUGAGCGCUACGCGCAAUGCGCUCCGGAUGGCCAGGGAGGCGGAGGAGACGGCCACGAACAGCAUGAUGCGCCUCGGUGACCAGAGCGAGAAGCUGGCCGACACGGAACGCAACCUCGACCUAUCGAAAGCGUAUGCGGGUCGCGCAGACGACAAUGCAAAGGAGAUUGUCGCGCUGAACCGGUCCAUAUUCCGCCCGAACAUCCAGUUCGAUAAGAAGGCCAAGCGUGCAGCCGAAGAAGCGCGCAUCAUCAACCGCCACGUCGAUGAGCGCGAGGAACGCGAGGCGCUGCGCGCCGAGACGCUCGCUGCGCGCAACCGCGUUGACCAGUCGCUCGGCGCGCCGGGCAGCGGAGCUGGUGGUGGAGGGCGCUUCGACCGCUUCGCCGGCGGGCGCUUCGGGUCGAAGGACAAGGACGGACCGUUGCAGGACGCCAAGGCGACCAAGUUGGCGCAGCGCUCGCGCUACCAGUUUGAGGCGACUGCCAGCGAUGACGAGCUGGAGGACGAGCUGGACGAGAACCUCGAUGAGAUCUCCCGCCUGAGCGGACGUCUGAACCAGCUCGGCCGCGCCAUGGGCGGCGAGAUCGACGCGCAGAACGAGCGCCUGCGCCGCCUGCAAGACAAGACAACCAACCUCGACACCAAGGUCUUCUCGAGCACACAGAGACUGGGAAACAUCAAAUAGACGCUGUUACUCGUUCCCGCGCCCGCCGUCGCCACACGCAUACCGAGCCGCUUGAGAGUGGAGAUCCGAAAAAGGCAGGGGGUCACCCGGACCCGUAGCGCUGUAGGUUACGUCUAGCUACCCAUCCCGUUGAGGUCAGGCAAUCGCCCACUGCUACAUGUAAGAAUGACGACACCAUGGACAAUUCUUAUCUUUAUCACACUG